AUUGUAGAAAUUGGAUGUUAUAGAAACUAUAAAAAUGGUUGUUGAAGCUGUUAUGUAGUUACCCUGACUAACUGUUUUUGUUCUUACUAAGUCUCCCUCCCACUCUUCAUCGUCAAGUUCUGAUUCAUCCCCUGACAGUGACUCAGAGACAGAAGAAGAGAAGAAGGAACGCUCACAGCGUCGGGAGAAGAAGAGGAAGAAGAAGAAAAAACAUCGAAGUGAGCUGGAGAUGGGCGACAUUUCUGAUGAUGAUGACAAGGUGUCUGAAUCCUCAAGAUCAGACAAGAAGUCCAAGAAGCGGAAGAGAAAGAAGGUGGAGACAUCGGAAGGGUCUGAAGAUGAGUCGGACACAGACAGAAGUGGCAGAGACAAGGCUUCAACAUCGAGCAGACACAAGAAGAAACGUAAAAAGGACAAGCACAAGAAGAGCAAGAGACGGAAGGAAGACAGAAACAACAGUGAUUCAGACUGAGAGCUUUAACACUUGUUCACCAGUGAUAAUAACAGCAUUAAACUAGUACUAUUGCAUCAGGUAUAAUGUUAUGGCUUGAUAUUGUUUUUAAGGAAAUAGUAUAAGUUUGACAACGUGUAUACCACAGAUAGUACCAUUUCUACAUACAUACAAGUUAUGGAGAUUCGUAAGCCACAGCAAUAAUGAAAAGAGAAAAUUAGAUUUUAGGACUAUUACAUGUACAGGCAGCUAUAUUGACAACAUUGCAUGGAAGAUGCAGAUGUAUUAUGUUGGUACAAGUUUUCACAUUUUUUUGUGUAAUCUUCUGCAUCUGAAUUGUCAUAAAUAUGUUUUGUCUAGUAUUAUAACACAGGAAGCCAAACCGGUAUUUGUAAUAUUGUGUACAGGUAUUCACACCAGUUUUGCAAGCUUGUAUAUAGGUGUAACAUGGUGCUGUA